CGGACAGAAAACGAAAAUAGAAACAAAUAAAAAUACGCUUUUGUCCCGCGCCGCGCGUGAAUGUCAACGCGUCACGGGAUCGGAAUUCGAAAUGAUGCUGUGACAAUCAUUUUAUCCCAAUUUAUCCAGACAUAUAUCGCGAGAAAACGGCCUACCGACGUCGUCGGCUGACGGUCGAACAUGGAUACGUGCUUAUGUGGCACGUAUCGGCGGCAUGACAGUGACGAUGAAUGGCUGGCUCAUAACCUAAAAGCUAGAUCAGAAGCGGGGCACGCGGCAUGCUAGAAGCGGCGGUCAGCAACGAUGGACGAUACGUACGAGCUGAACUUGACGAACGUGGCCGGUUGGAUCGCGUCCGGCGCAAUGAUCUUCGGCGCGGUCGUGCCCUACGUGCCGCAGUACAAGGAGAUCAAGAGGAAAGAGGACGCCGAAGGGUUCUCCCUCUACGUUUGCCUUACCCUCCUAAUCGCCAACACGCUUCGUAUACUAUUUUGGUUUGGUAAACACUAUGAGUUUCCACUUUUGUUGCAAAGUAUACUUAUGAUUCUGGCAAUGUUUGUGAUGAUUAAGCUUUGCAUCAAUGUACAAAACAGAACUCAGAUAAUCAAAUCAAAGGAGCGUGUACUUACAGCACGAUUUGUGUAUUUCACAGAUUUGGAUGCCAGAUUUUUUUGGAAGUGGACAGACUUCAGGUCCUAUUUGGGUUUCAUGCUUCUGUUUGCCGGUGUAGGUGGUGUGAUGACAUAUUUAUUUCUAGAUAUACCAAUAUUUAUUGAAAUUCUUGGAUUCUUGGCAGUAUUGAUAGAAGCAAUGUUGGGAAUCCCUCAAUUUCUUCGUAAUUCAACGAACAAGUCGACUGUAGGAAUGAGUAUAGCCAUGGUGGCGAUGUGGACCAUGGGAGAUAUCUUCAAAACAUGCUAUUUUGUUUUGAGGGAUACCCCUGUGCAAUUUCAAGUGUGUGGUGCCAUUCAAGUUACAAUCGACAUUGCUAUUUUAGCACAAGUGUACCUCUACAAGACUAGUGGUAUUGUACAUACCAGAGCUCCAACGAGAUCGGAUUGAAAAUCAUUUCCGGCUGUUCCAUAGUUGUCGAAAACGGAACUUUCCAAAUAGCAACACUAUUUCGUCUAGGUCUAAAUAUACAGUUUUUUAACAUUUUAACCGUGAUCUAAGGAAAUAUAAGAGAAAACCUAUAUUUUUAUAUCGCGAUUGAGAUUGUUGCCGCACGAACGGCACGUUUAUAUGUGUUUAAUUUUUCCUAGUAUCUACCAAAUGAAGUGCAGUUAAUAUUUUGAUAACAAUUUUAACGUUUAUUAAUAUUUAAUAUAUAAAGAUA